CGUUAACCCAUCAUAACGGCCAUAACCUAACUUUUAUGUUUUUUACUCAUUUACUGUAAAGUUUAUAAUAUAAAAAACUGAAAAUUAUACUAUAUUACGAAUUAUAUUUUAUAUAUAAGUGGUCUUAAAAACUAAACAGCGUUUGCGGGUUUUACGCACAUUACUUUUUACUGUAUUUUGGCGGCAGAAGUAUGUUAGAUGCAAACCAGAGAUGCAAACUAAAUACUUAUUGAAGAAUUUUUAUGCUCAGACAAAGAGACGCUAAAAUGGAGAGCUCAGAAGCAUACAAUAAAUGGAUUAAUUUAUUUGAUGAUCAUUUGUAUAAUAUAUGGGAACAUGAGAUAAACCAAGAUUUCAAAGCACUUUCUAUGCUAUUAUUUACACUUAAAAAAGAAAUGAAAAGAAUCGAAGAUGACAUAUCUGGCAAGUUAAUUCAGUUAAAAAACAACUAUGAAGCCACUUCUAAAUCGAAAGUGAAUAACACCAGAGAAGUAAAUCACAAAAAUGAAGAUAAAGAGAAUAUUUGUUUAAAAGAUAUAUCAGAUGAAGAAAAGACAAGUGUAGUUGAUGCCUCAAAUAUUUUGCAUGCAAGAUUGGAUUAUUCUUUGGGUAGUUCUAGUAUUUCAUCUUUAGUUGAAGAGGAUAUAGCAAAUACUGGGAUUUUAUGUGGAAAUUUAGACACCAGUCCAGAACUAAAGAAGAAAAAGAAGUUUAGCUUUUCAAAAAAACACCAAUCGAGGCUACAUUCUAGUCGUACACCAUCUCCUAGUGUUAUAAGGGCAAUUCAGUAUGAAAAUUAUGAUAGCAAGAAAUUUGAAAGUACCAUUAUGGAUGACAUGUCUUCUAUGGAUUUUUUAAAUCUCAGGUCAAGAAUGAAACCGAGUAAAGUGAUACAGAAAAAUGUUGAUACUCCUAGAAAAUCUAUUAAUGAGGAUUUAGAUGAUACUUCAGUUGUUCAAUGUACACCAACAGAACCAAAGAUUCUAUUUUCUAAGAAAAAAGAAAAGUUUACUAACCAUUCCAGAAAGAAAAUGAAAACAGGAAAUAGUUCAACUUUAACACAAUUUGUUAAGAAACAUAGUUCCAAGAAUUUUGAAAAACAAAAUAAAGAAAAUUACAAGUCAAAUGUGAAGGAAUGUUUUGAAGAUAAUGAAUUAGAAGAUGUCAUCAGUAUAAGUAGUGAAGAAAUUGAUGUUAGACAAUUUGCGUCCAAGUCUACCACCGAUCAACCUAAAGUUACGGAAAAUGCUAAAGGAACGAAGGACAAAGAUGUUAAUCAGGAUUGGAAUUUAAAUGCUUUUCUAGCAGAAGCUCAAAAUGUAACAAAGGACCAACUUGACGUUGAAACAGUGGUGAGAGGAAAGGCUAGAAAAAAACUACCAGGCUGGUCUUGCAAGGAUUGUGAAAAAUUCUACCUAAACCAAGGACUGAAUACCCAGGAAAUUAUCGCCCUUAGCAAGUGUUCUAGACAUCGUGGCUAUAAUAAACCCAGAGAGGAAACAAUGCCAGGGUUUUGGAACAUGGAUCUUAACACGCAAGAAUCAGACAAAGACGAUUAUUAACACCUUCACCGUUUAUUUCAUAUUGUGUAUUAUAAUAUAUUUUAUAUAAUUAUAGCCUAAGGAAAGAUGUAUAUUAUAUAACCUAAAAUAUUCUAUGGAUCAAACUAGAUAAAAAACCAUUAUAUUAUUACUUUUUAUAUCAAUAAAUCUUAAACUAUUACAAAAUAUAUUUAUGUAUUUUUCUUAAAUCUAAUCUUAAUUUGACUCGGCAUGUUGUUUUACCUAGACAUAUUUUGUUGGCUUUAACUUAAUCCUAACUUAACACCAAAAGCAAUUACAUAAAGCUACAAAACUAAAAUAAAAAAAUAAACUCUAGUUUUAAUAAAAAGAAAUAAAAAUUUGAUAA